UGUACGCGUGCGCCUGCCCAGCUCUCGGGCGAGCGCGAGCUUGCGAUCGUACCCCACUCCCCUAACCCCGCCCGCUCUUUACCUACCGGCCGUAGCUGGCCGGGUGGGCUCACGCGGAGACGCUCGCGCGCGCACGCGCACACGACGCGGAGCGGAGCGCGAGACAUCGAGGAGGGGAGUAAGCGGCAUCAGAGGAGGCGGUUUGUGUAUCUGUGUGUUCUACGGUGUAGCUAGUCGAGGGGCGAGCGGAGGCUUGAAGGAGGGCGAGGGAGAACCGAAAAGAGAGUCACCCUCCGCGAGAGCCGCUAAUCUGGUUGCUAUGGAAACAUAUGACCACAUAAAAGGAAGUCUAUUCUGAUAAUUCUGUUACCUGAGAUGCAACUGGACUGAAGAGUGGAACAGGAAAAAUUUUAGUGCCAACCUUAAUUACAAUGGAUACUGAUUCAGGAGGGCCAGCUAGCACAGAAGAUUCUGAGAAACCUGAUGGAGUUUCAUUGGAAAGCAGAGUUCGUCAGGUUGCAGCAACUUUGACAGUGGAAGCUAGACUAAAGGAGAAAAACAGUACCUUCUGUGCUUCUGGAGAAACUAUAGAAAGGAAAAGGUUCUUUCGAAAGAGUGUUGAGAUGACAGAAGAUGGCAAAGUUGCUGAAUCUUCCUCCAAAGAUGAGAGAAUAAAGACUGCAACAAAUAUUCCAAGAGUAGAAAAGCUUCCUACAAAUGUGCUAAGAGGCAGACAAGAAGUUAAAUAUGAGCAAUGUUCAAAAGGAAUGUCAGAAUCCUCAAAAGAUUGUUUCAAGGAGAAAAAUGAAAAGGAAAUGGAAGAAGAAGCAGAAAUGAAGGCUGUAGCUACUUCUCCUAGUGGCAGGUUCCUGAAAUUUGACAUAGAGCUGGGAAGAGGAGCAUUUAAAACAGUAUAUAAAGGACUGGACACUGAAACAUGGGUUGAAGUUGCUUGGUGUGAGCUGCAGGACCGGAAAUUAACUAAAGCUGAGCAGCAAAGGUUCAAGGAAGAAGCAGAGAUGUUAAAGGGUCUCCAGCAUCCCAAUAUAGUUCGAUUCUAUGAUUCCUGGGAGUCUAUACUAAAAGGAAAGAAAUGUAUUGUAUUAGUGACUGAACUUAUGACAUCAGGAACCUUAAAGACGUACUUAAAACGAUUUAAAGUCAUGAAACCAAAGGUCUUAAGGAGCUGGUGCAGGCAAAUUUUAAAGGGGUUGCAGUUCUUACACACUAGGACUCCUCCUAUUAUUCACCGGGAUCUGAAGUGUGACAAUAUUUUCAUCACGGGACCCACUGGAUCUGUGAAGAUUGGUGAUCUAGGACUAGCCACCUUAAUGCGCACAUCAUUUGCUAAAAGUGUCAUUGGCACUCCUGAGUUUAUGGCCCCAGAGAUGUAUGAAGAGCACUACGAUGAAUCUGUGGACGUCUAUGCUUUUGGAAUGUGUAUGCUAGAAAUGGCUACUUCGGAGUACCCUUAUUCUGAGUGCCAGAAUGCAGCUCAAAUAUACCGUAAAGUAACUAGUGGUAUAAAACCAGCCAGUUUCAAUAAAGUCACUGAUCCUGAAGUGAAAGAAAUCAUCGAGGGAUGUAUUCGUCAAAAUAAAUCUGAAAGGUUGUCUGUCAGGGACCUACUAAACCACGCAUUUUUUGCUGAAGAUACAGGGCUAAGGGUGGAGUUAGCGGAGGAAGAUGAUUGCUCAAAUUCAUCUCUGGCUUUAAGGCUCUGGGUUGAAGACCCUAAAAAAUUGAAAGGCAAGCAUAAAGACAAUGAAGCUAUUGAAUUCAGUUUCAAUUUAGAAACAGAUACACCUGAGGAAGUAGCGUAUGAAAUGGUCAAGUCAGGAUUCUUCCAUGAAAGUGAUUCCAAAGCUGUUGCUAAGUCCAUUAGAGACCGGGUGGCCCUGAUAAAGAAGACAAGGGAGAAGAAGUCAGCUGGCUGUUUGGAAGAACGCAGAGACUCCCAGUGCAAGUCUGUGGGGAAUGUACUCCCUCAGCCCCAAAAUACAGCUUUGCCCCCUCCUUCUGCUCAGCACAGCGGGGCUGAAUGUGAAGAAACUGAAGUUGAUCAACAUGUGCGACAACAGCUUCUGCAAAGAAAACCACAAUGGCAUUGCUCCUCUGUUACAAGUGACAGUUUGUCUGAGGCAGGAGCUGGAUCAGUUAUACAUUCAGAAACUUCAAAUCAGCCCAGUAUAGCCUACUCCUCAGACCAGAUAAUGGGCUCUCAAAUGGUUUCUAACAACCCACAGGCUGAAAUAAAUGUUCCAGGGAAAAUUUAUCCAUCCCAGCAGCUAGUGGGACAUUACCAGCAGAUUUCAGGGUUGCAGAAGCAGCCAAAGCUGACUCAGCCCCAAAUUUUGCCUUUGCUUCAAGGUCAGUCCACUGUUCUGCCUGUACAUGUCCUUGGACCUCCGCUUGUCUCACAACUCCAGUUUUUGCCGUUAAGUGUCCCAAAGGUCUCACAGGUAAAGCCUGUAUCCCAAGCUGUUGGAGCUGAACAAACAGCAACUCUUCUAAAACCGGAUUUAGUUCGAAGUUUGAAUAAUGAUGUGGCAGCUGUGAAGGAAAACACCAAUACCCCUGAUAACCCAAGUGGAAAUGGCAAACAAGAUCGGAUCAAACAGAGAAGAGCUUCCUGUCCUCGAUCAGAGAAGGGGACUAAAUUUCAGCUUACUGUCCUUCAGGUGUCAAUCUCUGGAGACAACAUGGUGGAGUGUCAACUGGAGACACACAAUAACAAGAUGGUCACCUUCAAGUUUGAUGUUGAUGGUGAUGCACCAGAGGAUAUUGCAGACUAUAUGGUUGAAGAUAACUUUGUCCUGGAAAGUGAAAAAGAAAAAUUUGUAGAAGAAUUGAGGGCUAUCGUAGGUCAAGCCCAGGAGAUCCUUCAUGUCCACUCUGCUGCAGAAAGAGCCAUUGGAGCUGACUCUAUUACUAUGGAAUCCAGCAGUAGCCAAACAGGAUCAUCUGAACAAGUACAGAUAAAUUCUGCAUCCACUCAAACCAGCAAUGAAUCUGCUCCUCAGUCAUCCCCAGUUGGUCGAUGGCGAUUUUGUAUCAAUCAGACAAUAAGAAACCGUGAUGCUCAAUCUCCUUCUUCUCUUCAGCAGUCCAUGUCUACAGUUCCUGGGCUAAAUCUGCUUUCUAGUCCAAGAAACAUAAGUAAUAAGGAAAUAUCACAGGACACGCUGCUCACUCUAGAAAAUAAUCCAUGCCAGCGUGCACUUUACACCUCCACAUCAGAACACAAGGAUGUAGUUGAUGGUAAGAUUUCUGAAUAUGCCAGUGUAGAAACUAAGCAGCCAGCUAUACUUUAUCAAGUGGAAGAUGACAAGCAGAUAAUGGCACCAGUUGCUAGUAGUUCCAGUCUUGAAUGUGAGGGACUCACCAGCCAAGCAGGCAUAUUCCUACCUGUGUAUCCAGGUCACCAAGCUGCCAGUCAGGCAGCUCCUGGUGAGUCAACUCAGAUUGCUCCUAACUCUCUUACAACUCCGGCAUUUAUGUCUGAUCAAAAGCCUCAGUCCUUACCGGUGCAGCAGCCAACUACGGAUGCAGAGUUUAUUUCCCAAGAAGGAGAAACCGCAGUGAUCGUGGAAGCAAGUUCUCCUAAGAUGGUCAUUCCCACUCAGACCCCUGGCCUUGAACCAACUAGCCUGCUGUCCUCUACGGUCCUGGAAUCAGAUGGGGAAGGACCUCCAAAAAUGGAGUUUGCAGACAACCGAAUUAAAACUCUGGAUGAAAAAUUAAGAAAUUUGCUCUAUCAGGAGCAUAGCAUAUCUAGCAUCUAUCCUGAGAGUCAGAAGGAUACCCAAAGCAUAGAUUCUCCGCUUUCUUCCUCUGCUGAAGACACAGUCUCAUGUCCAGUGCCAGAAUUCAUAGGCAUCAGUCCCUGUGGAAUUCAAGAUAGUCCUGCACAGUCCCCUAAUUUUCAGCAGACAGGCUCUAAGAUUCUGUCCAAUGUGACUGUGAGUCAGCCUGCUAACAUAUCAGUGUUCAAAAGGGACCUGAAUGUGAUAACUUCUAUACCCAGCGAAUUAUGUUUACAUGAGAUGUCCCCAGAUGCUUCACUUCCAGGGGAUCCAGAGGCCUAUCCUGCUGCUGUGUCAAGCGGUGGAGCCAUUCAUCUGCAGACAGGAGGUGGAUAUUUUGGCCUAAGCUUUACUUGUCCUAGUCUCAAAAAUCCUAUUAGCAAGAAAUCCUGGAGUCGCAAAUUAAAAAGCUGGGCAUACAGGCUACGGCAGUCAACCAGCUUUUUCAAGAGAUCAAAAGUCCGUCAAGUGGAUACAGAAGAUACGAGAUCACCAGUUGCUCCUGACCCCAUUCCUCUGACAGGAGAGUCCACAGCUGAUGCUAGGGCUUUCAGUAGAUGUAAAGCAAUGAGUGGAACAUUUCAGCGGGGUCGGUUCCAGGUGAUUACAGUUCCUCAGCAGCAGUCAGUGAAAGUGACGUCUUCUGUAAUAGAACGCAUACCAGCAUUCAAUAAAAUGACAAGCCAGCCUAGUGAAGAAGCUUUAGCCUUUACUAAAACAGCAAAGUCUCAAUUGGUAGAAAUGGAACCUGCCACACACAAUCUGCAACCUUCACUUUCUUCUCAGAAGUUACAAGCUCUUCAGGAAACCUUAAAAGAAGAUAAAAGAAUUCCCAAACAAGCUGACAACUUCUCAUCUUUCCGUACGGCUUGUGAGACUGAUGUAUCUUUGAUGACUCCAGAAAAGGAAUUGGAAGAAAAUUCAGCCACAGGAAGUAGCAUGCAGUCUGGAUCUGAACUGUUGUUUAAAGAGAGAGAGAUACUUACUGCUGGGAUGCAGCCUACCUCUAAUAGUGAAUUUUCAGCCACUCUUGGUGGCAGAGGGAAAUCAGUGGCAAAGGCUGGUCCAGAGAGAGAAAAGUGCUUACCACUCCGUGAAGAAAAAGCCUAUGUUCAAACACAGAGCUCACUCUUCUAUUCACCGUCUUCCCCAAUGAGCAGUGAUGAUGAGUCAGAAGUAGAGGAUGAGGACUUAAAGGUGGAGCUUCAAAGAUUACGAGAAAAACACAUUCAAGAGGUGGUAAAUCUUCAAACCCAGCAGAAUAAGGAGCUACAGGAGCUCUAUGAACGCCUUCGGGCAAUUAAAGAUGGCAAAGUCCAAUCAUCAGAAAUUCCUCUACCACCUGCAUCACCACGUAGACCAAGAUCUUUCAAAAGCAAACUUCGAAGCCGUCCCCAGUCCUUGACACAUGUGGACAGUGGCACAGUUGCAACAGAUCCACUGUGUGUGGAAAGUAGUGCAGCAUCAUGCCAGCAAUCUCCAGCUAGUAAAAAAGGGAUGUUCACAGAUGACUUACACAAACUGGUGGAUGACUGGACAAAGGAAACAGUAGGAAAUUCUCUUAUUAAGCCAAGUUUAAACCAACUUAAACAGAGUCAACAGAAACUAGAAACAGACAACUGGAACAAAGUAUAUGAAAAUACUCCAUCUACUAUGGGCUACACAUCAACAUGGAUUUCUUCUCUGUCCCAAAUCCGUGGAGCUGUCCCAGCCUCCUUGCCACAAGGACUCUCACGCCCUUCAUUUCCUGGGCCAUUAUCAUCAUAUGGAAUACCCCAUGUUUGUCAAUAUAAUGCUGUGGGGGGGCCAGGGUAUCCAGUACAGUGGGUAGGAAUUUCAGGAACACCACAACAGUCUGUAGUAAUUCCUACCCAAUCUGGGGGACUGUUCCAGCCGGGGAUGAAUUUGCAGGCAUUUCCAGCUUCAUCAGUUCAGAAUCCAUCUGCGAUCCCUCCUGGUCCCAAGUGAAUCAGAGUAGAAGAUGAAGAAAAAGGAGAUGUUUUUCAGAAUUAUUUCCAGGACACCUAAGAUAAUAAACUUUCUUCUUCUUGUGUUCUGCCAUAUUUUCCCUCGUUUUGAGUUUACUUUCCACUAUAUAUUUUUUUCCAAUGUAGUAUUUGAUAUAGCUCAUCAUCCUGUAGAACUGUGCAGUUUGUACAUAGAACACUGCACACAGAAAUGUUUUUUCACUUCAAAUCCUAUCCUCUUUGAUACUUGAUUUUUUAAAAAUACUGUUCAGAAUGCUUUAAUAAGCUCAGCUUGAGCAUUUCCAUUUCCAGGACACUUUCCAUUAUUGCUGCUCUCUGCAGCUGGAUGAGACUUUUCUUUAAAAGGUAUAAAAACUAUUUAUAUUCCCCUAACAUGGGCAAAGUGAGACCCUCCAACAGCUGGAGUCUUAUGGGAUUCUUCACGUUUAUCUUAGGUUUACCUUUCGCAGAAGGCAGGGUAACUUGCUGCAGGAAAUGUUUUGGUAUAUAAAAUUAGAAUAACUUUGUCAACCAAUAUAGAACAUGAGCCCUUUUUAAUGUGAUUUUCUUCCCGUCGUCACAGCAGUAGGAGUGAAGCCUUGUUUUAGGUGAGGCGGAGAGAAAGGAAAAAACAGAACUGUAACAGUUCCUUGAUUCUGCAGAUACUGUAGCUGCUUUAGGAUUUCCAUAGUAAUUCAAAGCAGCUAUCUCUUUGUUUCUCAUGUGCACACUACAUUGUUUUUGAGCAUCUGAGAGGCAUUGGUUUGGCUUGCAUUCUUUUGCAAGGGAUGUAUUGCAGCGGAUAUGAAUCUCAUUUGGGGGGAAUCUUAGUGUUCCUAACAAAGAGGAUUCAAGUUACACCUCUAUUAGUCCAUUCUUCUGAAGUGAAAUUUACUUGACACAGUAGGUUUUGUAGGUUUUGAGACUUACACAUGAAACACUGGCUUUACAGGGUUCUAAGAGAUGUGGGGUAUACAUUGUCCUGCAGUAGAUAGUAGACCCUCAAACGAUACUAUUUAAGUUGCCCUUAGCUUUUUUUUUUCUUUGGAUUACCUUUUUUUCAGUUGUUAUAGUUUCCUUGUUAGUAUCUAGCAUCUUAGAUGCUUUUAGAUCUCAGAUGAUUUUGGCAGCCUCUUUAGAAUCUGAGAGAGAUCACUGUCAAGUUGCACUUUACUGGGUUUUAUCCAGUUUUAGGAGGAGGGGAGGCAAUGUCAAAAUAUACACUUUUAGUUUUCAAGAAGGUUAACUGUAAUAAUCUUAAAAGGCUGGUCACAGAGUUACCUAAUGCUCAGUCUGUGAAACCCAAAUAGAAUUCUAAAAUGGUAUUUAUCGACUACCACAUAUAAAGAUGUUUAAAAUACUUAGUUUUCGCUCUGAAGAUUUCAAGGUCAUUUCUAGUACACAUUUACGUAAUAACGAGUUGUCUACUGGUCAACAUUCCAGAUGAUCACCCAACAUUUCUGUUGACAUAUUUUCCUCCAUAUUCCUCUAAAAAUUUUACCCCGUGACCUUGCCAGGUAAUGAGGAAAACUUAAUGGGUGUACCUUUUUUUGCACAGUCUACUUUGUGACAUGCAGUACACUUUUUCAAAAAAAACAAAUGUGUCUUAUGUUACUUACCUGAGGAUCACACUCAGCAUCAUGAAGAUUCUGUUGCUAUCAUUUGGGGGCAUCCAGGGCAGCAUUUUGAGAAUUGCUGUUGAUAAGAGCCACAGUUUUCUUUUCAUAAAACAUACUCUGGUUUGGAUGAGUCUUUCUAAAUCUUAUGUACAGAUUCUUCAAAUUUCUUCUACAGUAUUGGUUUGCAAGUUGAAGUGGUUUUAGGACAUUAGUGUAAUGCAAAUUCUUGCAUUGCAAUUUUCCACGUGUACAAAAACAAUGUGCCUAAAAUCCGUAAUUCUUUAAAACUGCUUGUGUUUCAUUAUUAGAGUCAGCUUUGUGUGAUUACAUUGAGACUUACAACCUAUAAAGUGAAAAUACUGCAGGUUUUAUGAUCCCUUCUUCUCGAGUUGCAAUCCUUUUAAACAGUGUACCCCAGGAUGAAAAAAGCUCCAUGGAUGACAUGCACAAUUACAUUUAUUAAUGGCUGCUCUACAUCAUAUGUCCCACAUUUUGCCACCACCUCUGUUUUAUGUAUAAUUCAUCAUUCUUU